CCCGCACCUUCGCUUUUUUUCCCUCUGCACCGACCUCAGAGGAUAGCGCCCACUCCUCCUCAAACCCACAUCGUCCGCUCCCCCCUCCCUGCAGCCCGCGCAACUCCACCCCUCCCCGACCUCAAAAUGGAUUCUGCCGGAAACAACAUCCGCGUCGUCUGUCGCUUCAGACCCCAGAACAGCCGUGAAAUCAAGGAGGGAGGUGUCCACAUCGUCUCCUUCUCGGAGGACAUGACCACGGUCAAUGUCGAGAGCAAAGAAUACCCCGGCACAUAUGCGUUUGACCGAAUCUUUGACUGGGAUACCAACCAAGCGCAAGUGUUUGAGUAUGCCGCCUCGGCUGUCGUCGAAGAUGUUAUGAAGGGAUACAACGGAACCAUCUUUGCCUAUGGCCAGACCGGUAGUGGCAAGACACACACGAUGAUGGGCAACAUGGAAGACGAGGAAUACAAGGGUCUCACCCCUCGUCUGGUCGAGAGCAUCUUUGCCACCAUCUACAACGCCCCGUCGAACCUCGAAUUCACUGUCAAGGUCUCCUACAUGGAAAUCUACAACGAAAAAGUCCGCGAUUUGCUGAAUCCCCAAAACGAUAACCUCCCGAUCCACGAGGAAAAGUCUCGGGGUGUCUAUGUCAAGGGCCUGCUCGAGAGCUUUGUUGGCUCUGUUGCCGAAGUGUACGAGGCCAUGAGACGCGGCCAGGCGGCCCGUGUCGUUGGCUACACCAACAUGAACGCCGAGAGUUCCCGCAGUCACUCCAUCUUUGUGAUCCAGGUUGGACUCAAGAACCUCACUGACGGCAGCCAGCGCACCGGCAAGCUCUACCUUGUCGAUCUGGCUGGCUCCGAAAAGGUCGGCAAGACCGGCGCCACUGGCCAGACCCUCGAGGAAGCCAAGAAGAUCAACAAGUCUCUUUCGGCCCUUGGCAUGGUCAUCAACGCCCUCACGGACGGAAAGUCUUCCCAUAUUCCCUACCGUGAUUCCAAGCUGACUCGUAUCCUCCAAGAGUCGCUCGGUGGUAACUCCCGUACCACCCUCAUCAUCAACUGCUCGCCGUCGUCCUUCAACGAGGCCGAAACGGUCUCGACCCUGCGGUUCGGUAUGCGCGCCAAGACCAUCAAGAACAAGGCCAAGGUCAACGCUGAGCUGUCGACGGUCGAGCUCAAGACACUGCUCAAGAAGGCCAAGGCCGACUUUACUCAGUUGCACAGCUACGCAGGCUCGCUCGAGGGCGAGAUCAGUCUCUGGCGCUCUGGCGUCGAGGUGCCCCAAGAGCAGUGGGUGCCCCUCAAGGGUAUCAAUGGAGACGAAGUCCCUCCCGUCGCGGCCCCCACUCCCUCGGUUACCCCUGCUCAGGCCGCCAACUUGGCCGAUAUCGCUGCCCGUGCCGCCACGCCUGCUCCCGUUGGCGUAACGGACGACGAGCGCGAGGAUUUCCUUCGCCGCGAGAACGAGCUCUCUGACCAGAUUGCCGAUAAGGAGGCCGAGCUCAAGACCAACCGAGAUCUGCUCGAGAGCUUGAACGAGGAGCUCGCCUUCCUCAAGACCAAGGACACUGAGCUUACCACCGAGAACAAGAAACUCGUCACCAGCGUCAACGAGGUCACCCUCCAGCUCGAAAAGGUCACCUACGAGAACAAGGAGAACAGCAUCACCGUCGACUCGCUCCGCGAGGCCAACCAGGAGCUGAACAAGGAGAUCGAGGGCCUCAAGAAGCAAGUCAUCGAGGCGCAGGCCUCCAAGCCCGUCGUUGUCGUCAACGAGGAGGACAAGGAGAAGAAGAAGCAGGAGAAGAUGGAGCAGAUGAUGGCCGAGUUUGAUCCCUCUGGCUUCAUGUCCGACAAGGAGAAGCAGAUCCGCGACACCCUUUCCAAGCUGGCCUACAUGAAGGAGAACUCGUCUCCUCCCACCGACCCCGCCGAGAUUGAGUCGCAGCACCGCGAGCUGCUCGAGGCAAAGACCCAGGUUGCCCAGCAGACCCAGAUCAUUGACGAGCUGACGACCAAGGCCAAGGCCGCCACAGACGAUGUGACUCUGCUCACCCAGCGCAAGCAGGAGCUCGAGCAGAAGCUCGCCAAUCUCGAGGCCGAAUACGAGGAGCUCCUCGACAAGACCAUCCAGGAAGAGGAGCAGAAUGCCAGCGUUGACAUUGCUGCCGUCAUCCAGGACCUCAAGAGCAAGCUCGAGACCCAAUAUGCCAACAAGCGCGAGCUGCAGGAAGGUGAAAUCGAGGACCUCAAGAACUCGCUUGUCAAGAAGGACCAGGAGCUCCAGAAGUCUCAAGCUGCCCUUGCCGAGCAGGUCAAGGCCAACGGCGAGCUGAAGACGGCCGCAGAGGCCCUUCGCCGCAAUGCGUCUCCGUCGCUGCCCGACAACGUCAAGAACGAGGAGAUCGAGAAGAUGAGACGCGUCAUGGCCCAGCAGCUGGCCGAGUUCGAUGCCAUGAAGAAGAAGCUCAUGCGCGAUCUGCAGAACCGUUGCGAGCGCGUUGUCGAGCUCGAAGUGUCGCUUGACGAGACUCGCGAGCAGUACAACAGUAUCCUCCGCAACAGCAACUCGCGCGCCCAGCAGCAGAAAAUGGUCUUCCUGGAGCGUAACCUCGAGCAGCUUACUAACGUUCAGAAGCAGCUGGUCGAGCAGAACGCCACUCUCAAGAAGGAGCUUGCUGUCGCCGAGCGCAAGCUGGUUGCCCGCAACGAGCGCAUCCAGAACCUCGAGACCUUGUUGCAGGAUGCCCAGACCAAGCUGGAGCUGCAAAACCAAAAGUUCGAGGCGCAGCUGACAGCGAUGCGCGAGAAGCUCCAGGAAGCCCGCUUCAAAUAUCCGGACGCCGGCUCCAACAGCUGGCUGUACUCUAGCAGAAUCGCCAAGCCCCUCCGCGGUGGCGGCGUUGCCCCCGUUGCCGGCGAGUUGGAUGAACCCAUCGACUUUGAUGGCAACAACGCCAACGGAAAGCGCGCCUCAUGGUACAUCAGCCUGCUCAAGCGAUAAGCUGCCACAGAAGCAGCCGCUAUCCGAGAGAGAUGUCCGCCACCGUUCCGGCCGGUUAAAAAAACGUCAAGCGCCGCUGAUGGGAGAUCCGCACGCA